CGGACACCGGCAAAUCGCCACCUCCUACCAGCCCGCUAUAAAAAUGUGGGACUCCAGCAGCGAGGAAGUGGUGCUGGAAGAUACUUGUCAGCCGAGUGAAUUAGAGGAGAAAGAUCCGAGAAGCGCCUACGAGAUGCCGCCAGUGGGGGAAGACGGAAAGACCGCCGUGAAAAGAGGACUUCUGGAGCGUUUGUCUUCUGGGGAGAUCAUUAUUGGAGAUGGAGGAUUUGUUUUUGCUCUUGAGAAGAGAGGAUAUGUCAAAGCUGGUCCCUGGACACCAGAAGCAACAAUAGAGCAUCCAGAGGCUGUGAGACAGCUUCACCGUGAAUUCCUCAGAGCAGGCUCUACAGUCAUGCAGACUUUCACAUUUUAUGCAAGUGAAGACAAGUUGGAGAACAGAGGCAAUUAUGUGGAGCAAAGAUUUUCAGGCCAGAAAGUGAAUGAAGCUGCUUGUGAUAUUGCUAGGGAGGUGGCUAAUGAAGGAGAUGCCCUCGUUGCUGGAGGAGUCAGCCAAACCCCUUCCUACCUCAGCUGCAAAAGUGAGACUGAUGUAAAGGCAAUCUUCAGGAAACAACUGGAUGUCUUUAUCAAGAAGAAUGUAGACUUCAUGCUUGCUGAGUACUUUGAACAUGUGGAGGAAGCAGAAUGGGCAGUUGAGGUUUUGAAGGAAUCUGGCAAACCAGUCGGGGCCACCAUGUGCAUUGGCCCAGAGGGUGAUUUGACUGGAGUAUCAGCAGGGGACUGUGCAGUUAGACUCGUAAAGGCUGGUGCUGACCUUGUUGGAGUGAACUGCCAUUUUGACCCAACCACUUGCCUCAAAACUAUGAAGCUUAUGAAAGAAGGUUUAGAAGCUGCAAAUCUAAAAGCGCACUUAAUUGUGCAGCCUAUUGCUCUGCACACGCCUGAUUGCAACAAGCAAGGAUUCAUUGACCUACCAGAAUUUCCAUUUGCUCUGGAACCACGACUUCUCACCAGAUGGGACAUGCAUAAGUAUGCAAGGGAUGCAUAUAAUUUGGGAAUCAGAUACAUUGGUGGCUGUUGCGGAUUUGAACCCUAUCACAUUAGGGCUGUAGCAGAAGAGCUAGCAGCUGAAAGGGGCUUCCUUCCAGUGGCUUCAGAGAAGCAUGAUGCCUGGGGAGGUGGUCUUGCCAUGCACACAAAACCUUGGGUGCGAGCAAGAGCUCAGCAGGCAUUUUGGGAGAAACUGGUGCCUGCAUCUGGCCGACCCUAUUCAGCCUCCCUGUCAAAGCCAGACAGCUGGGGUGUGACCAAAGGAGACAAAGACCUAAUCCAACAAAAAGAAACAACAACUGAAAACCAAUUGAAAGAGAUGUUUGAGAAGCAGAAGAACAUUGCUGGAAUAGAAGCAUAACGUAUCAACCAAAAAUCAAUAAAAAAUUACCAAAUUGAGUGAAUAAAGUUUGAAUCCAGUGAACAGAUGACCUUGUAUUUAUUCACUUUCAACAAGUUUGUAUAAGUUGUUAAAAUAUUGGAGUAAAUUUUGUUGCAGCUUCUCCCACUUGGUCCCUGGAAUUUAAACUGGUAGUGUAAUGUAUCAACCAAAAAUUACCAAAGUGAGUGAUUUUUAAAGUUUGAAUCCAGUGAACAGAUGACUUUGUAUUUAUUCACUUUCAGCAAGUUUGUAUAAGUUGUUUAAAAUGUCGGAGUAAAUUUCGUUGUGGCUUUUCCCACUUGGUCCCUUGAAUUUAAACUGGUUGUGUAAUAUAUCAACCAAAAAUUACCAAAUUGAGUGAAUAAAGUUUGAAUCCAGUGAA